CCCAGGAUUCCCAGAGCCGCCUGGGUGCUAAGCACGCCGCUAUACUCUGUCGCAGGGCACAAAUCUUAAUCACGCACAUACAUACACACAUACACAUGCACGCACGGAUACGUACGCAUGCACGCACACACCAUGUCUCGUCAACUAAUAAUGACGCGCUGUGAUCAAUCAGAAAAGAUAAUAUUAUUUGUGCCAGCCGAUCGACCCCGGCUGGCUGUCACAAUGGAGCGGUAGUUCUAUGAGCUCACACAAGUUGUCCGAGAAGCCCCACUGUCCUCAGGCAUAGAGGCCACCACAACCUUCACACAGCUGUUUGUGACGACCAACACGAGCCAAAAUUGCGCCCAAAUCUCCAGACAGAUCUCAAGGUGACGCUGCUGCAUCUAUAACUACAUCACCAGCACCAGCGGCCACAACAGCAGCAACAACAACGCCAGCUGUCGUUUUUUCAGCAUCAGCAGCACCAGCAUCCUCGUCAUCAGCAACAGCGGCGGAAGUAGAAGCAGCAGCAGCAGUAUCGGUUGAUACAGAUCAUAGCAGUAGGAUCAAGAUUCGAUCUGAUAGUCCAAAAUCCUCUACAAACACGAAGCAGGGUGAGGAAAAGGAGACUACCGUUGUGAAAACUGAGCUUAUUCCCCUACUACCGACAUCGGGGAAAAACCGACCCUCGCACCUCACGACUUUGACAGAUUAUAAUUAUAAUGGAUGCGGUUUACACGUGGACCAAGAGUUACUCCACCUGCCAAAACUGAAUGGAUUUGGAGGAAAGUCUCAAAGAACAUUUGUAAAAACAGACCCGUCUCCGAACGUCUCAGCAGUGACCGGAAAUGACGCACAAGAGGGUAUAUUAAACCGACGAGGAGUGGGAGGAGAUCUAGAACCGCAGGCGCCGAGGCUCAAACCAGAACCUUCCGCUCAUACAACUAGGGGCGUUCCUCCAUUCCUGGCAGUACCUGCUGGGAGAACCUUGACCCCGGCCCGUUCGCCCUUGACCUCUGCUGCUGACACAAAGACCGCGACCUCUGGAGCAAACACAAACGUUGUGACGUCAACCCCAACCGCCACCACCACCACCACUCCAUCCAGUAGACCACAUUUCCCAGCCAUCAAAGCGUCUAUCAAGAAUUUUUUCACCUGCUCCUCCGUCCUCACCCCUCCUCCAAUCACCGUAGCCGCCAUGUCCGCCUCUGUCUUGUCCCGCGCCUACCCGGAUGUGUCCAGUGGGGGUCCCAGCGCCCCUGGAACCCCGCGGGCCUCCUCCAUGAGCCUCAGGCCCCCCGUGACCGCCAUCGGCCUCCCGACCUCCAGCCUCAGACACGGGGACAAACCCAGACUGUUGGGGGUUCCCGGAUCGGAUCUAAGGAUUACGUUCGCCUCUGACACCUCGUUCGUGGAGAGAAAAGGGAGAAUCCGACCAAGCUCUAAGCAAACAGCAACGUCCUUGAACUUGAGGCCAGUUCAGGGAAUCGAAAGGUCACUCAAGUCCAGAGCGAGGCUGCCUAAAGCGACCACACCCACACACGGCAGAAACACAGCUGCGAGCUAUGAGGAACACAUGAACCCCCGUAAAGCCCUGGACAUCGCACGGUCCUAUGGCGUGCCCAAGUAUUUUCUCCGCGGCAACUCGCAGAUCCUCACAGACGGUCGCAUGAGGUUAUUCGGCGACAAUGUCUGGAAGAAGGAGCGGACGAGCAUCGACUCCGAAGGCAAAACUACCGACUCCUCUGACGUCAUCCACCGACUUAUGGACAGUGUGGACAAAGCGAUCGCCACCGCCGACAAGGGCCCGGGCUCGUCUUCCUACUCGGGCGGGGAUGACGCGGGGUUGAAGCUGGAGGUGAUCAGCCUGAAAAGUACCACAGAAGACAGGGCGUCCUUGAAGGAGAGUCUGGUCAGUCUACCGGAUGUCCUACAGACCGGAAGUACUAGGAGUGGGUGGGACGAGGGCGGACCGGAAGUGAAGGAAUCAGACGCUGGAUACAGCAGCGGUGCAGGUGAGGGUACUAUGGACGGUCUGGACGAGAGGGCCCAGGAUGUUCUCGAUGGUCUGCCUCAGCCCCAACACGGCGGGUUCGGAAAGAAAGAUCUUGGCAGUUUCCGGCCACACACGGUAGACACUGCUGUGAGCAUCCCGCGACAUCUGCCCAAGGUUACUUUCCGUGAACCAGAAGACAGGGAGAGGAAGGAUUUGAGACUGGGAGAGAAUGAAGAAGGGGAUGCAAACAAUUUUAGUAAUGUCCCUAUCACACCACAACUUGCAGGCCUUCGAGUCAAGCAUCUAGCUUCAACAUUUAGAACAGGCACCGCGGAUUCUCUCACUUCUAACAAAGCCAACCUGUUCGGCGAGAAAUACCAAAACGUUUUACCCCGAUUUUAUCCAGCCCUCAGCGAGCACAGAAACAGACAAGCAGAAGCGGAGAAAAGUGCAGCAGCCAAUCGUCAGGCGAAAAAGAAAAGCGCCCAACAACGAUUGGUUCGUUUCGCUGACACCCACACGGUUCGUUUUGCAAACGAGGCUGUGCACCGGGAACCGAUCAGCGGCCUCGUAGCCAGCCGCGCUCCAGUUCAGAGCGUACAGAGGUCAUUGGAUUCUCACUCGGGCUUGUCUCAGUCAGAGAAACUGAGGGCCAAACUGAAAGAGAUCAGCGACUACAACAGAGCCAGGUCCAUCAGUGUGGGAGACAGGCAGACUCAGGGAGCCAGGAGAGACAAUAGCGAGAACAUUGAGCCACGCAAGGGCUUCCUCUUCCAACUUCACUCUUCUUAUGCGGAAUAGAUCUAGUAACUUUUGUUAUUAGCUAGACACUUUAAAUUAUCACGUGGAAAGUGACAUUUACUCAGAGAAGCCCUUUUAUGUGGAAUAGUCAGUCUUCUUGUGUGGAUUAGCGACAAUUACUUAGACUAAUUUUAUGCCGAUUUUUAUUCGGAUUCGUGUUAUUUUUAUAGAUAAGUCGCCUUAUGUGCAUCAGGGAUAUUUACCCCCCACCCCCACCCCCCGACAGCUUCUUAUGUGGAUGAGUGUCUUUUGCUUUGACAAGUCACGUAUUAUGUGGAAUAGGGACAUUUGCCAAGACAAGGUCUUCUGAUGUGGAAUGGUGGCAUUUGCCUAAACAGGUUUUCUCAUGGGGAUUGGUGACAUUAAGAUACAGAAGUCUUAAUCAUAACCAGAGACAUUUGUCCAGGGAGCUGUUCCUAUAAGGUGAUAUUUGCUUUCCUUUGCAGAAUAGAGACAUUUCAUUUCACCAGUAUAGCUCUUAUUUUUUCCCGAAUACUAGUAUAAGGUAACAUUAUUAUACAAGUUCCUCAUACACGGACCAAGAUGCUCUGCCCAAUAGUCCAGGAAAAACGGCCUUGGCUGAGAAUAUGUCGUUAAGAAUUAUUUUCUUUACCAAGUCAACUUCUUACUAAAGAAAUGUGAAAACUUUUGAGACAUCCCUAGUUAUGCGGAUUAGUCACAUUUCGAUUCGACAUAACCUUCUCAAAGCGUAGUAGUCUCAUCAACCACAGUUAAAGUCUUUGUUACUAUGAAAACAGUGGCACAUACGAGGAUAACCAAGUACCAAAUAGUCUGCUAAACUACCAUAAUAAUAUUAUAGGACAGUGGCGUCAACCAACACGAUUUCUCUCUCUCUCUCUCUCUCUCUCUCUCUCUCUCUCUCUCUCUCUCUCUCUCUCUCUCUUUAUAGAAGUCUAUAUUAUAGCUUGAAUAUUUGCAUGAAGUACAAAGACUUUCCUAAAAAUUAUUUGUUUUUCAGUUUUUAUUUUUACUUUUUUUCUGGCGUGUAAACUGCUCUAUAGGAUGUGCUAAUGUGCUCUGCAAAUGCUUUGGUGUUACGAUCAGUUUUCUGCCAGAGUAAUUUUGCUGUAACCAGAGAAAAGUGAUGUCCAUAAACACCCCUUCCACCUGCCCCAUUUUCCCUCCCGAAAUUUUAUAUUGGUGUACAUAUAAGACACAAUAAUGACAUACAUUAUAACAUCUUAAGGAAUGAAGUCUUCGGUCAUGAUUGCUCUUCAGGCCAAAAGAGCUCAUUUUACUAUCGUUUUCAAGCCUUACUUCUACUGAGAUUGAGUUUAGCGCCAUCUGCAAGUCUUCGUAAAACUUUCUAGGCUUUUCAUGAUUCAUUACUUUGACUGCUCCCGGAGGCCAAUCUCUAAGUAUUUUCACUGUACACUGCACCUGUAGAUAUCUUAUUUGAAAUACAUUUUCUUUGAUUAA